CAUGGCGACUUAUUAUGUAUAUUUGUGAGAUCACUUGUUUAGUUGUUUUUUGUAUAAAACUGAGUUUCAUUUUGGUGUUGAGUACUUAGGAAAUAUGAGUGACGUUAAAGAUAUCUUGGAAAUUGAACAGGCGUCUACAGGAACACCAACUAAAGAGACUAUUGUUGCUGGAAAUAAGAAAAAGCCAAAGAGACAUGUUGAAGCUUAUCGAAGACCGGAAGGGAUGCAUAGGGAACUGUAUGCAUUGCUGUACAGUGAUAGCAGAGGUCCAGCAGCACUGGCGCCAAGUGAUACUGGACAAGGCUAUAAACAAGUGAAGGCAAAACUUGGCAGAAAAAAUGUACGUGCAUGGAAAUGGAUGCCAUUUACCAACCCAGCUCGUACAGAUGGUGCAGUAUUCCAUCAUUGGAGAAGAUUAGCAGAUGAAGGCAAAGACUAUCCAUUUGCUAAAUUUAAUAAGAAAGUGAAUGUGAUAGAAUACACUGAUGAGGAAUACAAGAUGUACCUUGUUGAUUCAUCUCAGUCUGGAUGGAGUAAAGAAGAAACAGAUUAUUUAUUUGAAAUGUGCCGACGAUUUGAUUUGAGAUUCUUCAUAAUACAUGACAGAUAUGAUAAAGAAAAAUAUAAGGAAAGAAGCAUUGAAGAUCUGAAAGAUCGAUAUUAUGAUUCUGUCACCAGAAUUUUAAAGGGUCGUGCUCCGCCGGGAGUUGAGCCCGAAAACCUGCCGAUACCGUACGACGCCGAACAUGAACGAACUCGCAAGAAACAGCUCUUGAAAUUAUUUAACAGAACGCCUGAGCAGAUUCAAGAAGAGGAGUAUCUUUUAGCUGAACUAAAGAAGAUUGAAAUACGUAAAAAAGAGAGAGAAAGAAGGCAGCAAGAUUUGCAGAAACUCAUCACAGCAGCUGAGAGUACGACGGAGUCAAGAAACCAAGAGAAAAGUCGGCCGAGUAACCAGACUAAGAAGAAACAAACAAAGAAGAAGGAAGCAGUGGUUGAAAAACCCGCUAAGAUCGAGGGAACUGGAAUCAAGUUUCCGGAAAACAAAGCUGCUGGAGUUUCUCUUCGUAGUUCCCGUCUCAAAAUGCCAAACUCGGUGGGUACAAAGAAGUCAAAGGCGGUCGAAAUGUUAUUGGAUGAACUCAGAGUUGAACUGGUACCGAUGCCAACGGAAGAAAUCUGCAGGAAAUUCAACGAGUUAAGAACUGACAUCAUUCUCCUUUAUGAACUAAAGCAAGCGUCCACGAAUUGCGAAUUUGAAUUACAAUCUUUAAGGCACAGAUAUGAGGCACUCGUGCCUGGAAAAGAUAUAAUAGAAACAGUUCCAUCUUCUAUUGCGGCAUUGAGUGGCAUAACUCCGUCAACAACAGGCAGUGCAACACCCUUGAUCGACAACGUAAUAGCUCCUUUAGCAGCCGCUAAUGCGAGAAAACGCCGAAGUGUACCUCAAUUUAUGGACCAAAAUCCACUGAAGAAAAAGAAAACCUAAAAUAUGCUUAAGACUGUAUUUUUGCUACAGGAUUCGGUACAAUACAGAACAAUGAUCUUGGGAUGCUAAAAACCGCGAAUAGCGGGAAUUCAUUAUAAGAUUCACUAU